AUGCCUAGAAAACGCAACUCUAACCUAGCGCGUAGUUCUAGCGGAGCUCGCGCUAAGAAAAUUUCUAGAACACAAGAGACUGAAGAACAAAAACAAGCGCGGCGGAUUUUAGAUGGCGAGCGUCACGCAUCUCAAAGGGCUGCCGAAACAUCUGAGCAAACUCAGGCACGUCGGCUUUUAGAUGCUGAGCGUCACGCAUCUCAAAGAGCUGCUGAGACUCCAGAAGACAACCAAGUGCGUCUUAUUUUAGAUAACGAGCGUCACGCAGCUCUGCGGGAUGCCGAGACCUUAGAACAAAGACGAAGACGGCGACGAUUAGAUGCCGAACGUCACGCAUCUCAAAGGGCUGCCGAAACAUCGGAGCAAACUCAAGCACGUCGGCUUUUAGAUACUGAGCGUCACGCAACUCAAAGAGCUGCUGAGACUCCAUAUGACAACCAAGUGCGUCUUAUUUUAGAUAACGAGCGUCACGUAGCUCUGCGGGAUGCCGAGACUUUAGAACAAAGACAAGAACGGCGACGAUUAGAUGCCGAACGUCACGCAUCUCAAAGGGCUGCCGAAACAUCGGAGCAAACUCAAGCACGUCGGCUUUUUGAUGCUGAGCGACACGCAGCUCAAAGAGCUGCUGAGACUCCAGAAGACAAUCAAGUGCGUCUUAUUUUAGAUGCCGAACGUCACGCAUCUCAAAGGGCUGCUGAAACAUCGGAGCAAACUCAGGCACGUCGGCUUUUAGAUGCUGAGCGUCAUAGGUCAUUAAUUUCUGCAGAGUCUCAUGAGGAAUCGCAAAGAAGACGUAUUUUAAAUGCUGAACGGCAGUCGCAAAGGAGAAGUUCAUUUAGGCGUAAUACAUGGGAGGCAUUUCAAGCCGCUGCUUUUAAUUAUGACCCUUUGAUCGAGUAUAUUAAUCAUCGAUUAAUUGUUAUAGGGCGGAUGGAUAAAAAGUGUAUACAUUGUAAAGCAUUCAAAUGGAAAGAAGAAACAUCGGGUAUGUGUUGUUCUGGUGGAAAAACUUCACUUCCAUCUCUUGGUGAGCCAGAGGAACCUCUAAAAUCGUUACUUUUGUACGACAGUAAUGAAUCACGGCAUUUUUUGAACAGAAUAAGGAAAUACAAUUGUUGUUUUCAAAUGACGUCGUUUGGAGUAGAUAAUGAAGUUGUUAUGCCCGGAUUAUCCACUACGUUUACAGUCCAAGGACAGAUCUAUCAUAGGAUUGGUUCAUUACUGCCUACAGAUGAUCAACCAAAAUUUUUGCAAAUUUACUUUAUGGGAGACGAAAAUAGCGAAGUUGACCGUAGGUGUCAAAAUAUUCAAGGAGUUGAAAGAGAUAUUGUUUUAAAAAUUCAAAGAAUGUUGCAUGAUCAUAACAUCCUUAUCAACACUUUCAAAACUGCGUUAGAAAGAAUGCCGGAAGAAGAAUACAAGUUGGUCAUACACCCUGACCGUAAGCCAAGUGGUGAACAUGAAAGACGAUAUAAUGCACCAUUAAUCAAUGAAGUCGCAGCCGUAGUAUCUGGCGAACAAUUUGCUUCCCGUGAUAUUGUUUUACACACUCAUAAUGACACGUUAAUUAGGGUACCCGACACACACAGAUUUUAUGACGCACUGCAAUAUCCACUAAUAUUCAGCAAGGGACAGGAGGGGUAUUACUUUCAAAUGCCUCAAGUAAGUCCUGUUACUGGCUUGCCAUUACCCAAUAAAAAAGUUUCGUGCAUGGAUUUUUAUGCUCAUCGGAUCAUGAUUCGUGAAAACGAUUUCAAUAUAGUAUCAAGAUGCAGACAGCUAGCCAAUCAGUUUUAUGUAGAUAUGUAUGUAAAAGUUGAAAGCGAACGAUUACGUUACAUAUCAUUAAAUCAAAGCAAAUUAAGAGCGGAAAAGUACAUUCAUCUUCAAGAUGCUGUAGCAAAUGACGGUCAUGUUGAUCCUAAUAAUUUAGAAUGGCAAAAGCGCGGCCUACCUCACGUGCAUAUUUUAGUGUGGUUAAAAGAGAAGUUGAGGCCUGAUCAAAUAGACAAAAUUAUCAGCGCUGAAAUACCGGAUCCAAAUAAUGAUAAAUCACUGCAUGAAAUAAUUGUUAAGAAUAUGAUUCAUGGUCCAUGCGGUCCUGAAAAUCCUCAAUGUCCUUGCAUGAAGGAUGGCAAAUGCACUAAAAAAUAUCCUCGCAAGCUUAUUCAAGAGACAGUCCAUAAUGAUAACGGAUAUCCACUAUAUCGUAGAAGGGCGCCGGCGGACGGAGGUCGAAUAGCAUCUGUAAAACUUCGAAAUGGUAGUUACUUUACUAUAGAUAAUGGUUGGGUGGUUCCUUACUCGCCUAUUUUGUCCAAAAUGUUUAUUGCCCAUAUAAAUGUCGAAGCUUGCAGUUCAGUACGCGCUAUUAAAUAUAUCUGCAAGUAUAUUAAUAAAGGCAGCGACCAGGCUAUUUUCAAUUUCAGAAACACAGAGGCCGCUAAUCCCAUAGAUGAAGUACGUACGUAUCAGUCUGGACGUUAUGUCAGUAGCAACGAAGCUGUUUGGCGGCUCUUAGGAUUUCCGUUACAUGAGAGGAACCCAACCGUCACACAUCUCAAUGUGCACCUAGAAAAUGGUGAACGUGUCUAUUUUACUGUAAAUAAUUUUCAAGAAAGAUUAUCUUCUCCUCCAAAAACGACACUUACUGCUUUUUUUGACCUCUGUGCCAAAGAUGAAUUUGCACGUACUCUUCUCUAUGUCGAGGUACCGAGAUAUUAUACUUGGAACACAACAAGGAAAGAAUGGAAACGCCGAAUUCAAGGAGUACCUGUUCUGAAUUGGCCUGGUCUAAAAUCUGGAGAUGCUUUAGGUCGAGUAUACACGGUUCAUGUUAGUAAUAUGGAAUGCUUUUGUUUAAGAAUGCUUUUACACCACGUGCGUGGGCCAACCUCUUACAAAGAUCUAAAAAUGCUCAAUAAUCGAGAAUUUUCGACAUUUCGAGAGGCAUGUGAGGCAAGAGGGUUAUUAGAGAAUGAUAAUCAAUGGGACAUAACCCUGGAAGAGGCUGCACAAUGCAAAUCUGCAACCAAGAUGAGAGAGCUUUUCGCUAUAUUAAUAGCGACAUGUGGGCUUUCAAACCCUCAACAAUUGUGGGAAAAAUUUAAAAAUGAUAUGGCGGAUGACAUUUUGCACAGAUUGAAAGAACAGAAUCCUGAUGCUUCAUACAAUGACUUAAUUUACAAUGACGCGUUAACAAAGGUUGAAGAUCAAGUAAUUACUAUUACUGGGAAAGAUUUAACCGAUUUUGGAAUGAGCAGACCACAAAGAACUGGAGAAGUAAGUAACGCUCCAGGGGGCACUGGUAAAACUUUUCUUUUAAAUUUAUUGCUAGCCCAAAUACGUAAAGAUAAAGGAGUAGCUGUUGCAGUAGCUUCCUCUGGAAUAGCUGCUACGCUACUUAGUGGGGGACGAACAGCGCACUCGAUUCUAAAACUACCAUUAAAUUUAGCUCAUGAGGAAAUGCCAAUAUGCAACAUUAGUAAAAGCAGUGAGCGCGGAAAAAUGUUACAGCAGUGUAAGCUGUUGGUUUGGGAUGAAUGUACCAUGUCCCAUAAAAGAGCAAUCGAAGCACUAGAUCGCACCAUGAAGGAUAUUAAAGGUAAUCAGGAUACCAUGGGAGGGAUGGUUGUACUUUUAGCUGGUGACUUUAGACAGACCCUUCCGGUUAUUACUAAAGGUACCCCGGCAGAUGAAAUAAAUGCCUGUUUGAAAGCAUCUGUAUUAUGGGUACACGUAAAAAAGUUUUGUCUCACUACAAACAUGAGAGUACAACUUCAUAAUGAUUCUCAAGCAGGGCAAUAUGCCGCUGCUCUUCUAAAAAUCGGAGAAGAUUGUAUGCCAACUGAUAAUAGCGGCAUGAUUACAUUAAGACAUGAGUUCUGUCAAAUUGUCGAUAGCACAGACGACCUAAAAAAUAAUGUCUAUGCUGAUCUUCAAAUGAAUAUGGGCAAUCGAGAAUGGCUGUGUGAAAGGGCAAUUUUGGCACCGACUAAUGAAAAAGUUAACAAAAUAAACGAACUAAUCAUGUCAGAUGUGAAGGGGGAUGUAUUCGAAUACCUCUCAGUAGAUAAUGUAAUGGACACUGAACAAGUAACAUCAUACCCUAUAGAGUUUCUCAACUCUUUAGAAUUAUCUGGAGUUCCUUCCCAUAAAUUGAGGCUAAAAGUUGGUGUUCCAGUCCUAUUAAUGAGAAAUCUUGAUGCGCCCAGGCUAUGUAAUGGUACACGGCUGCAAAUUAAACAUCUGGGACACAACAUAAUAACGUGUACAAUCAUGACUGGAAUGGCAAAAGGAGAAAAUGUUUUGAUACCCCGUAUCCCAAUAAUACCCACUGAUUUGCCAUUUCAAUUUAAAAGACUCCAGUUUCCCGUAAAAAUAGCAUUUGCCAUUACAAUUAAUAAAGCUCAAGGCUACGAUUUAGAGGAAAGUUCGUUGCUCGUCGCCUGUGACUCUAUUCGCGAGGGAUAA